UUAAAAAUGGCACGAAUUGGUGUUUUGGCGACGAGGUGCUGCUUGCUGGUGCUAGUGCUGGCACUUUCACUGGCCACGGUACAGUCGGCACCCGGUAACGGCUAUGGACGGGUGGUUGGCGGUGAAGAUGCCACCAAGGCCCAGUUUCCGCAUCAGAUCUCCCUGCGGAAUGCCAACUCUCAUAGCUGUGGCGGUUCGAUUCUCUCCAAGAACUACAUCCUGACGGCCGCCCAUUGUGUGACCAGCGAGCAGGAGGACGGUUCCUUCGUGGCCAUCGCCGCCGAUCGCUUCACCAUCCGUGCCGGCUCCAAUGAUCGAUUCAGUGGCGGUGUCCUGGUCAACGUGGCCGAGGUCAUCUUCCAUGAGGGCUACAUGAACCUUCGCAACGAUGUGGCCGUCCUCAGGCUAGAGACGCCCCUGAUCUUCUCCACCAGCAUUCAGCCCAUUUCCCUGCCCUCGGCCCAGACUCCGGAUGACGCCGACAUCAUCAUUUCCGGCUGGGGUCGGAUCAAGGCUGGCGGUGAUCUGCCCCGGUACUUGCAGUUCAACACUUUGAAGUCCAUUUCCCUGGAAAAGUGCGACGAACUGAUCGGUUGGGGUCUCGAAAUGGAACUCUGUCUCAUCCACGAGGCGGACAACGGUGUCUGUCAUGGCGAUUCGGGCGGACCGGCCAUCUACAACAACGAGGUGGUCGGUAUUGCCGGCUUUGUGUGGGGCACCUGCGGAACCACCUACCCGGACGGCUAUUCCAGGGUGUGGUACCACAAGGAAUGGAUUAUCCAGCACACCGACCUCUAAAGGUCCCGACCUACACCCCUUUUUUUUAAUAGAUGUACAAGAAAUAAUAAAGAAAUGAGUUUAUGAAGUGGGUUUUGUUUAA